AUGAAGCCCCAAGCCUUGCUUUUUGCCGCGGCCCUGUUGCCGGGCUUUGUGACGGCGGCCCCUGCGGAUGUCAAGGCCGCCGCGAAGCCGCCUGCUUUCUUCCUCGCCGGCGACUCGACGACGGCGGUGCAGUCCACAGGCGGUGGCGGUUGGGGCAACGGGUUCCUCGGCUUCCUCAAGAAGCCGGCGUUUGGCACAAACUACGGCCGCAACGGACGGACGACGGUGGACUACGUCAGCCUGGGGUACUGGGAUACGGUCAAGAGCGCCGUCAAGGCCAACACGGCCAACUUUGACGUCUAUGUGACGAUCCAGUUCGGCCACAACGACCAAAAGCCCGAAAAGAACAUCACCCUCGACCAGUACCAGACCAACCUCGGCAACCUCGCCAAGGAGAUCAAGGCGCUCGGGGCGACGCCAAUCCUCGUGACGCCGCUCACGCGCCGCAGCUUCAGCUCGGCGGGCGUGGUGACCAACAACCUCGCCAAUGAGCGCGAGCGCACGAUCGCGGCGGCGACGGCGACCAAGACGACGUACAUUGACCUCAACCUCAACAGCCGCAAGUACGUGCAGGCCAUUGGAGAGGAGAAGGCGCACUCGUACAACCUCGUCCCGAGCGACAACACGCACCUCAACGCCGAGGGCAGCGUCGUGUUCGGACGGCUGGUGGCGGACUUGCUGUUGCAGAAGGAGACGCAGCUGGCGCAGUGGUUCACGCCGAACAAGACGCUGAGCGAUGAGAUUUGGAAGGCGAUUAACGGCUCAUCCGUGUAA